UCGGGCAAUGAAAUGAAGAGCACAUACGAAAAGGAGAAGGAAGGAUGCAGGAAACGCAAAAGCGUCGAGGGAAGGAUGGAAACGGACAUGGCGUUAUCAGAAUUUCCGGCGUUUACUGAUAAUAACGCGAACCAACCUAAUAGCCACGUGCGUAUGUGCUACGUUAAAAAGCUCAUUGCUUGGACUAAGCGAACGCGUCACUUGACGACGGAGAAAAAUAAGAGAAUUCGUCUCGAGUUACUCAGUGAAAAAAAAAGAGAAGAAAAGCAAAACGGAGAAGGAGAGAACGAAGAAAGGUCGGCGUACGCGAGCAGCACAUCCGGCAGAAAUGCGACUGGGAAGCAAUCGGAUAUUGUAUGUAGGUAAGCAAGAAGCUGCUGAUGCCAUCCGAGUCCUACGAACUCUCUCAAAGCACAUCACAUAUGUAUAUGGAUGGGUCGAGUUGCGUUCUCGCGCCUUCGUGACGCCACCUUGACCCACAAAUAGUGGACUAUUAAUCGUCAGUUUAUUACUGUUUAUUACUGCGAGAAAUUACAAGCCAAAAGGAAAUAGUAGGCGAUGAUGCCAUUUUCUAUGCAACGGCACUAUAUUAUAAUUAUAAUUUCAUUGUAUGUAUAA